GACUGGACGAUUCAAGUGCGGCAUGGGCCAAUCGAAAGCGGCGAUUACCCAAAGGCACGCGCCAAUUGCGCACAUUGGCCAGCGGGGUGCCGUGGAGCGCGGCAAGACACGCUUCGGCUCAAGCGACCACGUGAGCCUGCGGCACGCUUCCUUUGGUCAGAGAGCAGACAUGCUCAAGUGGAUCUUGCGCUCUGCUCAGCGAUACACUGUAUCCGCCGUCGGCAAUGAUCAUGAUCUGGCGCCAAGCAGAGGAUCGUCAUCCAAAUAUAGUGUGUGGCGCACAUAACUCAACUUCAACUUGCUGUUUGGUCAAACAGACUCAUUUCCGAUUCGACCCCGCGGACCACAAGCAGAGUAGUGGUGAGUGCUCCGACGGUCGGCGCCAGAACGGCGAGCAAGUACGUAACUGUACACACUUGGGAUGCAUGACGUUAUUGGCACAGGCAAUGCACGUUUCACGAGGUGGUGGCUCGCUCAAUGAAAUUUAUCGCUGUGCUGGAGUUGCUGGCUUCUGUUGUACGAAAUGUGUGAACCUAUUGCUUUAUUAUCGCGAUGGAAGCCACAGCAAAUGAUUCAAGCGUAGCUCCCAAUUUAUUUUUAUGUAAUUGGGAUUCGUAAACUCGGUGCUGGAGUGAAAUGCCCGGUGAAUUGAUCCAAUCAAUCCGUAAUCAGCAGCGUAUUUACUGCUAGAGCAAGAACGCUGGUCUACGUUCAUCCUUGUGGCUGGAUCGAAAGCUCGCUGUUUGCUACGGAUGGGCGUAGCAUAGCACGAAAAAUGGCGGAAAUUGUAUGGGAAUGAUUUCGAGCAGACUUCGUCAGGUGUUUGUCGUACAAGAUCGUACUAGACGCGAGGAUACAUGGUUGGAAUACGCUGUCAUUAUCUAUAGAAGCGUUCAAUCAGCUUAUGUAUCAUAUUUGCUCUCCUUAUGGCUUUAAUCUUGAUCAUCUAAAUGGAGAAUAUCGGUCUUGAUGAUCAAUUCUGGCAGCGGUAUCUCCAGAUAUUCCACUGUGUGGAUACGGCAUUUCUUUAGGAGACCGUGGUCUUCAAGACAUUUCACUGAGUUUUUCAUAGCCAACGGGGUCGCAUGCAGCAGCUUCUUGCGGCAAGCCUCAUACACUGCCUGGUACGGGGCGAGCUUCGUGUCUUUGAGCUUCCGGCCACGGCUUUUGGAUGAAUCGGAAUCUGCGAGCUGUUGACGCGCGAGUUCUUGCAGCGUGGCCACAUCAGUUGGCGUCAGACUUUGGAGAAUAAACUUGACUCCAUUGCUGGUAGCAUCCGUCGACUUCGUCUGUCUCGACAGCCUCAACUCAAUCUCGUUCGUGUACGGCAGGUAUGUGUCAAGAUUCUGGCUAAGCCACUCGAACCGAAGCGAGUCUUCCUCUUUCCAAAUAGACGGACCAUUAAUGUGAUCCAUCGAAGCAAUGAGACCAAUAAAUGGAGCCUUCGCAAGCCAACUCAAGCACGUCUGAGCUUCUGGAUUUCGAAGCGCCAGGCCAUCGAUGGAGUGCACCAGAAGAUAAACUGGAGGGACAUGACGUGACGGCUUAGCCUUGGCAAUGUCCCGGCACUAUAUAAACACACAAUUGUAAAAUACUUAGCCACGCUCUAAUGCGG